GGGAAGUCUUAGCAACGGCAGAGGUAGUCGAUGAGUAUAAAUUAAGCUUUAUGUCUUCAGAAUGAGAACCUCAAACAUCCCCCAUGAGAUCUUCUUUCAAUUCAGUCAUUCUUGUAGCUCGAACCAUCUCUCACCACCACUGACCACGCACCUCUCACGUCCAGCAACGCAAAAUGUCAACUCAACAGCAAUCUCUCAGCGAGUGGGUAACCCAACUCAACGACACUCUCUUCAUCCAGCCGGACGACGCCAUAGCUCUCAAUGCCGUUCAAGAGCAAGUUGACCCAAGCUUAGUAGUCAAGUACAUCACCCUACGCUCACUCUUCUAUCAACUUCGGCAACAGCACAUCAAUCUAAUCAAGCGGAUUCCCAGAAUCAACCACAACGUCUAUACGUAUGACCAAUUCAAGCCAGGUCUUCUGUACGCGCGCAGUUCGAGUACGUCGAUCCAGGAUACUUUCUCAGUGAUUCUGCAGUGGGAGAACAAGGGGAAUGGGGAGAAUACGGACGGUGUAGUUGCGGUGCUCAGUAAAUGGCGAGUUAAGGAUAAGGCGACAGGAAAGGAAACUAAGAAAACCAAUGUCAUUCUCUGGGAGGUCAGGUUGAUCGAUGGGAAGAGGAAGCUCGUUGGGCAGACGGAGGUGGAGACUGUGUGAAGUCAGUCUUGCCGAUUGUGAGUUGGGAGCGUUGGUGUGUGAUUUGUGACAUUGUUCCUGUUGGAUAAUUAUGAUUCACCCCGCGAUAUGACGGAAGGGCCCAACGCUUGACAGGAUAAUCGACGAGAACAUAAAUGGUUUUCACAUUAGCCUCAUGAGAUCUAAACUGAGUCAUAAUAUAUCAGGCUGUGAUAAAAUAGAAAGUUCCUACGACUAGUGGAGGGUGAUGAAAGCUAGCGGACUUUUUGUUUUUCUUUCAGUUAUU